AUGAAAAUUCAAUUCACAUGUAAAGCAAAAGACGCAAAAACUUCAAAAACAUGUGAUACAACUAAUAAUCACGAGUUCUCCAAAUUAGCUUAUGAAAAAGGUAUCGUUUUAGUCGAAUGUCCGGCUUGUCAAAAUCGUCAUUUGAUAGCGGACCAUCUUUCAUGGUUUACAAAUAAUUCAACGUCAGAUGAUCCAAAUUUUAAAAAUGAUUAUCGAAAUAUUGUUGAUUUAAUGAAAUCUAAAGGUGAAAAAGUUAAAAGAGGAAAAAUCUCAGAUCAAAAUGGUGAAGUUUUAGAGUAUUAUGAUGAUUAA